GCCUCCAUCCCGAUUUUGCAGUGCGACAUCCUGAAGUUGUCCUGUACCCCACUUACAUCUACUAUAGGUGCGCAUGCAUCUGAUGCCAUCAAAUUAAGACAUCACUCGGGUAUAAGUACAGCAAUUGCAUUCAUACCCUGCUGAAUUCGAUAGCGAUGUUCGAAUGUCUACAGCAUCUCAGGAUUGCACCAGUAACACUAGCCCUUGGAGUCUUGCCUCUUGGUCUCCUUCUUCUCCGGAACCUACGACCCCCACCACGGCUUGCUCAGAUCCCACCAACACAAGAGAGAGUCCUCAUACUAGGUUCGACGAGCGGAGUAGGUCGUACCCUUGCUCAUCAAUAUGCCAAGAGAGGUGCGCGAGUGUGCUUGGUAGGACGAAGGGAGAAAAUGCUCGAGGAGGCUGCUGAGGAAUGCAGGAAGUUAUGCAAAGGCGAUCAUGUGUUGAGUGUGCGCGGGGAUUGCGCAAGCGUGGAAGACAUGACAAAGGUGCGCGACACGCUGAUCAAAGAGUGGGAUGGCAUAGAUACCCUCAUAAUAACUGCUGGUGUUUCUGCCCUUCAACCAUUGAUGUCAGUCGCUGGAGUGACUGCUUCCGAGUCUCCGCCACAUGCCACUGCAGAAGCCAUUGGCCACGCGGUUGGUGUUGCUAAAGCCGCCCUCGAUGGCAAUUUCUUCGGUCCAUAUAUUGCAGCAAUCACAUUUAUACCUCUCCUUACGACCUGCUCCACAUCACCAUCUGUUCUUCUACUUUCAAGUGUGGCAGCAAUUAUUCCUGCCCCAACACGCACCCUCUACGCUUCCACUAAAUCAGCUUCCUUAGUACUCUUUCAGGCGCUCGCAAUCGAGCACCCCCGUAUAUCAUUCGUGUGCUUCCUUCCUGGAACGAUUGAGGGAGACUUCCGCGCUUCCGCGGUCGACACACCACCCAAUUCCUCUCCUAUUAUACACGAGGCUGACCCGAACAAACACGGCUUGCGACGCGAAGCGGUGGCGAGGCGCUGUAUUCAGGCCAUUGAUCGUAAAGAGAAGAUAGUCAUCAUGCCCCAGUACAUGCGAGUUGGACACAUCUUGUAUUGGAUCUGGCCAGCCCCUGUGGAGUGGAGGGCAAGAGUGAAGUACAAUUUUAGAGUCGACUAGGGAGGAUCUAUCAGAAUCCUGCCUCGUAUGGAAACAUGGAAACAUUGGAAGGAAGUUACACUCGGGACCGAUUUAUCUAGACAUCGGACAGAAUCACGUGUUAUGAAAGUCAAUCGGCGUUCUUGUAUACUUUAACUUAUAUCCCUAUAGCUUGAGCACACAUCCACCCCGUCAUGCUACGUUCCCCAGCGUGGCCCUUGCAUCAUGUUGUGCGUGAUCUCUCCACCAGUGAGGCGUUUGUGUUUCCUGCGAGGGAUCCCUGUUCUUUGCUGUCCAAUAUCAUGUAUAUGAUUAACCCAAUGCAGGGUUUUGCAAGGAUGGCAACUUGAAAAUUUGAAAGCCCUGAUUCAUUGCCCCGCAGGAGCUAGUAUGCUACGUAUUAGUGUAGCUACCGGACAUGGAAAUGAAUUCGUCCCCCUCA